AUGAAGUUGUGCGGCUCGUUCCUGGUGCUUCUAGUGUGCCUCGGUGAGUCGGUCAGUGGGCUGUACAAUGUGUCCGACGACGUCACUUCGGACCACAGGCCCUCGACGGAGGUACUGCGGAGGAAGAAAAGGUUUCUGCUCUUCCCACCCGGUGCAAACAUCCUGCUCACAUCCUCCUUCGGCAAAGGAUUGGUGUUCCAGGGACCGGCCGGAUACGCCGUCAUCGGUGAAUUCGAUCUUUACUAUCCGCUCCCGGACUACAAGUAUCAAGCGUCGGCCCUGAAGCUGGGCAAGAUCGCGAUGUAUCCACCGGAACCGAAAAAGAAGCCACCACAACCCCCUCCUCCACCACCACCACCAAUGGAGCCAGACGACCACGGACACGAACAUCACGACGGCUCGGAACUGUCACCGGCGGAAGUGGAACAGUAUCUGAAGGAUCAUCCCAACACCUGGGUACCGCCGGGCUGGGGUCAAGAACGUGCCGACUGGAACCUGGACAACCCUUACCAGAACCGCCCAGUACCCUCGCAGUCCCCGUACUGGGCCUCCUCGAGGGUCGAUGGUUACACGCCGGUUCGACAAAGUUCACCGGUACUCGAUCGGUAUCUGGGAGGGGCGACUGGGGGCCCGUCUCGUGAUUACUACGGAUGGAGUGAACGUCCGCAACCGGGUCGCUACCGUCGAUCAGUGCUCGAGGCGGCGCUGCAGGCCGAGGAAGAGGAAGAUCGUGCCCGUGCCAAGUGGCUCAGUGGAGAGGCCUUCAACAUUAGCCAUCACUCGGACUGGGAACACUUUCACCAUUACCGCGAUCGAAGGGCACUGUUCGGACACCUUGAGGACACUAUCGGUUCGAUUACUGGCUUCCACAUGAAGGACUGCAUUCUGCGAAGUAUCUGCGAGGCCAAGAAUAUGCUACCACCGCCCGGUCGUUCGAUGGCGAUGGAUAUCUUCCGGGUGCUGUUCAGCUUUCCCCUGAACGAAGCCCUCGACGAUGACUACAGCAAUGCGAUGCGCGAUGAAAAUGUAAACUGUGGCCAACGGUACGGUUCCGGGUGUCCGAUGAGCUUGCUCGAUCUCGUCCUGUUCGGAAAGUUUCAAACGUAG